UUCAAUUUUACUUUCAACCGGGUAGGAACUUGUGGUGUUGGGAUUUCGUUGCCCACCGGACAUCUGAGCAGCUGCACAGGUGCUGGGAGUCGGUCUCCGCACGCCAUUGUGGGAAUCAGUUACUCUCGCAUUACUGGUUGCGCCGACUGAGCUUUUUCAGCCGAGUUAUUUCACGUGUAAAGUAACUGCAGAAGAAACUGACCCGCGAUGGCAACGGACUCCUGGGCACAGGCAGUGGACGAACAAGAAGCUGCGGCUGAAUCGAUCGGCAGUCUUCAAAUUAAAGAAAAAACAGAAGAAAAUGGCACAACUGCAAAUGCAACACAAUUGAGUUCUGCAGCAGCAAACACAGAAGGAGGUGGAGACAACAAGACCACAGAUGAAGAUGACAGCGAGGACAAAGCAGCACAGUCAUUAUUGAACAAGCUCAUUCGAAGCAAUCUAGUCAAUAAUACUAAUCAAGUGGAAGUUCUUCAAAAGGAUCCAAACUCUCCACUCUACUCUGUCAAGUCCUUCGAGGAGUUGCGACUCAAACCUCAACUACUUCAGGGUGUGUACGGCAUGGGCUUUAAUCGGCCUUCUAAAAUCCAGGAGACUGCCUUACCCAUGAUGCUGGCAGAGCCUCCACAGAAUCUGAUUGCCCAAUCACAGUCAGGAACAGGAAAAACCGCUGCCUUCGUCCUGGCAAUGCUCAGCCACGUGGACCCCAACAACAAAUUUCCCCAGUGCCUGUGUGUGUCACCCACUUAUGAACUGGCCCUUCAGACUGGUAAGGUGAUAGAGCAGAUGGGCAAAUACUAUCCUGAAGUCAAACUAGUCUACGCCAUCAGAGGGAAUAAGUUGCAGCGUGGCCUGAAGCUUGAAGAACAGAUAGUUAUUGGUACACCUGGCACAAUGCUGGACUGGUGCAGUAAACUCAGGUUUAUAGACCCCAAGAAAAUCAAGGUGUUUGUUCUGGAUGAGGCUGACGUCAUGAUCGCCACACAGGGUCACCAGGACCAGAGCAUCCGUAUCCAGAGGAUGUUGCCUAAAAACUGCCAGAUGUUGCUAUUUUCAGCCACAUUUGAAGAAUCGGUAUGGAACUUUGCCCAGCGCAUCGUGCCUGACCCCAACAUUAUCAAGCUGAAGAGAGAGGAGGAGACUCUGGAUACCAUCAAACAGUACUAUGUGUUAUGUAACAACAAGGAGGAGAAGUUCCAAGCUCUCUGUAACCUCUACGGAGCCAUCACCAUCGCCCAGGCUAUGAUCUUCUGUCACACGAGGAAAACUGCAGGUUGGCUGGCAGGUGAGCUGUCUAGAGAAGGCCACCAGGUAGCGCUACUAAGUGGAGAGAUGCAGGUUGAGCAGAGGGCUGCUGUCAUCGAACGUUUCAGAGAUGGAAAGGAGAAGGUCCUCGUUACCACUAAUGUCUGUGCUCGAGGCAUCGAUGUAGAGCAGGUUUCUGUGGUGAUCAACUUUGACAUGCCUGUAGACAAAGAUGGUAACCCUGACAACGAGACGUACCUGCACAGGAUUGGACGCACGGGUCGAUUUGGCAAAAGAGGCCUGGCCAUCAACAUGGUGGACAGCAAGAUGAGCAUGAACAUCCUCAACAGGAUCCAAGAGCAUUUUAAUAAAAAAAUUGAAAAACUAGACACAGAUGAUCUGGAUGAAAUUGAGAAAAUCGCCAGCUAAACACAAACAAGGACACGACAUCCCUUCCCCUCCUCUUCGGUCUCCAAGGACUGUGCGCUCCUACAGUGGUUAAAAUGCUUUUAUUUUUAUUUUUUAGCUCUCUGAGGGAAAACUCAAAACCACACACGACAUAUGUUUACACGUGGACAAGUGUUUUUUAUAAAUCUCGGGAACAUACCCCAUUUUACUCUUUGUACUUCUUUGAAUAAAGGCUCUGAGAUUAUCUGUGUUUCAUGACGUUGACUGAGAACGAGGGGCAAACGGCACCUCCUAUUGUUGACUGUGGUGACGACAUAAUUUCUUAGUUUUCUUCAUAUAUUCACAAAAAAAGAAAAGAACUCUCAACCAAAUUUUUUAUGUGCCACAAAGCAUCAGGUAGCAUUAUCUGUGAAUGUAACAAAAUCAUGUGCUCUGUUACACUCCUGCUAUUUAUUCGCUUUAUAUUGUGUUAACUUCAACAGUACAAAGAGUGAGGUUGGGUAUGUUUCACCUUGUUGUUAUUUAAUCAGUAUGAUUGUGAUGAGGUAAAGGUGAUGGUUGCGUUUUAAGGGUCUAUGCAAACCUAUCAACCUGUAAUAGCUAUUAACUGUCAUCCUGUAUCCACAUGACACAAACUAAUCCUGGAAUAACCUCAGCUGUAGAAUCAGGGUGCGUAGUCAAAACGCCAGUAAUGGCUGCCUAGAGUGAUGAUAGACUACCAACUCCGAGUCGUACUCACUUAGUUGUUUCUCUGCCUCUGAAAAAAAAGUUUGUUUCAUUUGUCACCCGCCAAUCACACUUUUUACACUUGUUUCUAGUUUUAAGUUUCGACUGCAUCAGACUCAUCAUCAGAACAAGCUUUGGCUCCUCUGCUGAGCUAUAAAGCCAUGAAUUUUUUUCUCGCUCAUCUGCCUCGUUAAAAUUUAAUUUAAAUACCAAGUGAGGCCACAUUGAUCAGUGGGUCAUAGUGUCUCACACAAUCUUUUCAAAAUCAGGGUUUGACUUGAGCUCAGCUCCAUCUCUUUCACCCAGGCUGUGCUGUUAUCAAGGAUUGUGAGUAAAAAAAAAAGAUAUAUAUAUAAAUCAACAAUGCCUUCCUCAAGUGCAUUAUAUAUACAUAUGGUUUUGUUACUGAUAUUCUGAGAUAUUGGGCUUAAUGUUCUGACUAACACUUGAAAUUUAGCUUCUAUAUUGAGUAAUGAGCCUCUGAUGGAUGUGUGAAUUCUCUUCAUGAAACCAAAUGCUGAAUUGACUUGAGGACCUAUGCCAAUCAGAUUCACUGUGUCGCUCUGACACAAUGGUGUGAAUAUUCAACGUGUACUUGUGUACAUAUUAAAAAAAAAAA